AUGUCAAAGGCUCGGUAUAUUCCGCAUACGAAUCAGCCUCCGCUCGAUCCACAAUCUCUCAAGAACGACUUGCAGAACGCGCUUAUUGCGAAUGUCCAGCGUGUACACGGACACCUGACAUGGAUGCCGGGGGUAUACAUUGGGCUAUCAGGACCCGUUCUGAUGGACUGGAAGUUAUCGUCCCUGGUCCCGGGGUUGAAUCUUGCGUCUGGGUCCACUCGCACCUUGUUUGAAGAGGAAAUCAGUGUCCUACAUACGGCCUCACAUACGUCUUUUCUCGAAACUAGCGUGGGCAACGCCACUCUGGUCCUCUACGAUUACAUGGCUCUGCGACCAGCGCGCGCGAAGCCCAAAGCGAGGAAGAUUCAUCGACAAGGCGUGCAUGUGCUCAGAGGUGCUUUACCGCUUGUGUCACGAGAAGAACUCGAUGAUGACGGGGCUCUCGUCAGCUACACAAGCGGAUCAGAAACUAUCGCCUUGACGUCUCGCAUGACUGUGUCAUCUGCUCGAGUAACUGGAGGCAACCAUAAACGACAUCGUGAAGCGCGGGCGGCUUGGUGCAGAGCUGUACAAGGCAGGGCUGGAGGACGAAGAAAGGGCUCAAGCACCUCCCCUUAUGUGGCUGGCGUGGAAAAAGAUACCUUGGUGGGGCACAUGGGGUUGAUGGUGCCAUGGUGCACCUGGGAUGGUGAUAUUCCUACCCACACUACUCUCAUGUUCGGCGAUGGGUUCGCACUCUCCGCCCCGCUUGCGGACGACAUCACUGAGGCGCUCAAGCGGGGUGGCGAGCGCGUCUAUACGAGGGGGUUGGUCACGAAGGGUGUUGGCCUAUGCUACGGCAUUGCGGGGAGCGUCUACGCGCUGCUUGCGGUAGCAGGUGCACUUGACGGUUCUACAAGUACACGGUACUGGUUCUCGUGGGCGGUGCACCUCGCACAUUUGGCUACGGAUUACCAGGCGCUUGAGCGUAAUGGGAAGAUGCGCAUUGCCGACAGGCCAUAUAGCUUGUAUGAGGGCGUGGGGGGAAUGUGCUGUGCUUGGGCAGAAGUCCUGGCGAGAAUGAAGCUCAGUGAAGAGCAGGAGGAAGAUGAAGAUGAAGUCAACGACGAUGAACUCAUUGAGCCGACAACCGCGGGAUCAUCUUCAUCGCCAUCGAAGGCUAAAACUACGGCCAAGAUAUCCACUACUGUUUCCCCCAUCAAACAGACCACAGGAACAGCGGGGUCAAGCAAGAGCCAGACAAAGAAGCGUCGGAAAGACAUGAAGGUGGCAAGCGCGAGUGUCCCGACAUAUCCUAAUCUUACACUUGACCGCACACUGCGUUCCAAGAUGCUCUGUAAUUUAGCAGCACUCAACGUUUAA